AUGUCCAAGUACGAGAAGAAGGCGGUCCACUUCGGCGGUGGCAACAUCGGCCGCGGCUUCGUCGCCGAAUUCUUGCACAAGUCCGGCUAUGAAGUCAUCUUCGUGGAUGUCAUGGACAAGAUCAUCGACGCCCUGAACUCGACCAAAAGCUACACGGUGACGGAAAUUGGCGACGACGGCGAGAAGACGUUCCAGAUCGACCACUACCGCGCCCUGAACAGCAAGUACAAGCUUGACCAGGUGAUUGAGGAGAUCGCAACCGCCGACGUCGUCACUUGCGCUGUCGGACCCAACAUUCUCAAGUUCAUUGCCGAGCCCGUUGCCAAGGGCAUCGAGACCAGGAAGCUCGACUACCCUCUGGCCGUCAUUGCCUGCGAGAACGCGAUCAAUGCAACCAACACAUGGCGGGGCUUCAUUGAGGAGAGGUUGUCGGACGAAACCAAGCAAAAUAUCGACUCCAAGGCGCGUUUUGCCAACUCCGCAAUCGACCGCAUUGUCCCGCACCAGGACCCCGACGCCGGCUUGAACGUUAAGAUCGAGAAGUUCUUCGAGUGGUGCGUUGAGCUGCCGCCAUUUGAGGGUGUUCAGCACCCAGAGAUCGACGGCGUUCACUUCGUCGACCACCUCGAGCCUUACAUCGAGCGCAAGCUGUACACGGUCAACACUUCCCACGCCUCGGCUGCUUACUACGGCUACAACCGCAACAAGAGGCUGAUCCACGACUCGAUGCACGACAAUGAGAUUCACGACAUCGUCCGUGACUGCCUUCGCGAGACUGCUCGCCUGAUUGUCAAGAAGCACGGUAUCUCGGCAGAGGAGCAGAAUGACUACGUCGAGAAGAUCGUCAAGCGCAUCUCCAACCCGGCCCUUGAAGACGACGUUAGGCGUGUCGGCCGUGCACCUCUCCGCAAGCUGUCCCGCAAGGAACGCUUUAUCGGCCCGGCUUCGCAGCUCGCCGAGAUGGGCGAGAGUUUCGAGAACCUUCUCGGUGCCGCUGAGAUGGCUCUGCGCUUCCAGAACGUCGAGGGCGACGAUGAGAGUUUCGAGCUCGCCAAGAUCCUCAAGGACAACAACGCGAAGGAGGCGACGAUGCAGAUCACCGGUCUGGAGGAGUCUCACCCUCUCUUCCCGCACAUCCUAAAGAAGGUGGAGAAGGUGCAGAGCUCGUCGAAGCUGUGA